GGAAAUGUUUGGUAAGUUCAUUCUUCCUUGCAUUGCUGCCAUGUUCAGGCUGGUGGCCGCUCGUGCCAAUAGACUUGCAAAUUGGUCCGUACGGCUGUGGUUUGAAACCCAGCUUGCUGUUGCAUUACGCGUCGAGUUUUAUGUUUGCGGUGGCCACCACGGUGCUGAUUUGCUGCUGCUGCCAAACCACUGCUCAUCUCCAGUCUUUUCUGUUCAUGCCUUUCCGGCGCGAAGGCUAGUUUCUGAAACUCGCAGUUUCUCCCUCAUUAAACUGUUUCUUUGCCAGAUUUCCAUUUUGCCAGCACGUUCUAAACAUGAGUGCUAGCAAAUUAAACAAGCUCGAAAGUUCGACCAUGAGUUUGGGUGAAACAAACUUACCCUAAGUUCAGUUCUCCUGCCCUUCAGGGCCAAACAUACCUUU